AUGACACACCUAACACCCAAAGCCCUUGCGGUCCUGUUUUUCUUGUUCUUGCACUGCUUUUCACUAGUGCUUUCACUGACAUCUGAUUCUGAGAUUUUGAUUCGGGUCAAGAAGACCCAACUGGAUGACCCGAAUGGCAGCCUCAACGAUUGGGUUUCGAACCGUGAACAUAAUCCAUGUAAUUGGAGUGGCAUUUCUUGUGACUCUCACAAACACAAAGUCAUUUCAAUUUACCUGUCCGGUUUCAAUCUCUCUGGCCGGUUCCCGUUUGGAUUCUGUCAGAUUCGGACCCUCCAAAACUUGUCUCUCGCUCACAAUACCCUCAACGGUAUAAUCACUUCCCGAGCCUUUUCUAGGUGCUCACAUCUUCAUUUUCUAAGCCUCGCAAAUAACUACUUCAGCGGAAAGUUGCCGGACUUCUCGCCAGAGUUUACAAAUUUGGAAAAUCUCGAUCUCUCUGACAACUUUUUCACUGGGAAAAUUCCGGUGAGCUUUGGCCGGCGGUUCCCGGCGCUGAGAUUCCUACAUCUAAGAUCAAACGAUAUCACAGACUCAAUCCCUUCAUUUUUAGGCAAUCUCCGUGCGUUAACUCUGUUAGAGCUAAUUUCCAAUCCAUUGACGCCUGGUCCUUUGCCUCCGGAGAUUGGAAACUUGACCAAGCUCGUGAUUAUGUAUUUUUCAAGUUUGAAUCUCAUUGGGACAAUACCGGACUCAAUCGGGAAACUUGUCUCGCUCAAGAACCUAGACUUAUCCAACAAUUCACUUUCCGGUGAAAUUCCAAAGAGUAUUGGCGGAUUAAAAAGCAUUGAACAAAUCGAGCUUUAUCAAAACAAUUUGAGCGGUGGAUUGCCAGAGACCAUAGCAAAUUUGAGGACUUUGCUUAGACUAGAUGUCUCUGAAAACAACCUCAGCGGUACACUAUCUGAAAAGAUUGCCGCAAUGCCACUGAACUCUCUUAACCUCAACGACAAUUUUUUCGAAGGUCAAGUUCCUGAAGUUUUAGCUUCGAACCCGGUUCUACAUGAGCUGAAAAUCUUCAACAACAGCUUUUCUGGACAAAUACCCAAAAAUCUUGGGAAAAAUUCUGACUUGGUGAAUAUUGAUGUUUCUACGAACAAAUUCACUGGUGAGUUGCCCAUGUACCUCUGCUACCGAAAGAAGCUUGAGAGGUUAGUCACAUUCAAGAACAGCUUCUGUGGAACAAUACCAAUGUCAUACGGUGAAUGCGAUUCUCUUAACUAUGUCAGGAUUGAGCAAAAUGAACUAUCCGGUGAAGUACCUGAGGGUUUUUGGAGUCAUCCUGGGCUUACUCGCCUCCAAAUGUAUAACAAUAGAUUACAGGGUUCCAUUUCGCAUAACAUAUCUCUUGCCUCUGGGCUUGUUGCCAUCUCGAUUGCCGGAAAUAAUUUCACUGGAGAGAUUCCCGUGGAAAUUUGCCAGCUGCAACAACUAGUCGAGUUCUCGCUGAGCCAAAACCAGUUUUCCGGCGUGUUGCCGACUUGUAUAACAGGAUUGAAGAAGUUGCAGAAAGUUCUUGUCCAAGAGAACAUGUUAUCGGGCGAAAUUCCAAGAAAUGUGAGCUCGCUGAACUGGAAGGCCUUGUCCUAUUUUAACCUAUCGGGAAACAGAUUUUCCGGCACUAUACCGCCUGACUUGGGGACUUUACCGGUGCUAACGUAUCUUGAUCUCUCCGGAAACUUGCUCACAGGAGAGAUUCCUGAGUCUUUGACGAAGCUGAAGCUGACAGAGUUUAACCUCUCCAACAACAAUCUUAAUGGUAGAGUACCUUUGGAGUUCGACACCAAGUUUUAUCUACCGAGCCUAUUGGAUAACCCAAAUCUCUUUAGCAACACUUUGAAACCCUUGGCACUAUGUUCGAGACCCAGAACCGCCUCUUUCUAUUCUGUAUUAGUUCUUUUAGGUUUCUGUGUUAUAAUCCUAGUACUGUCUCUGGUAUGGCUUUACAAAACCAAAUUUCCACCGCUUGGUGAUCCAAAACCCAAACUCCACAGCCAAAUGAAGGUAAUCGCAUUCCAACGAAUUGGGUUCACUGAGCAAGACAUUUUCCCGUAUCUAAGAGCAGGAAAUCAGAUUGGAUCAGGUGGGUCGGGUCGGGUAUAUAAGGUGAAGCUCAAAACAGGUCAAAUAGUAGCGGUUAAGAAGCUUUGGGGAAAGACCCAAAACCCGUAUUUGGAUUUAGAAACGGUGUUCCGAUCCGAAGUGGAGACACUGGGUCUGAUCCGACACACCAAUGUUUUGAAGUUGUUGUUUUGUUGUAGCAACAAGGAGUGCAGACUUUUGGUGUACGAGUACAUGGAAAAUGGGAGCUUGGGUGACAUGUUGCAUGGAGAUCAUGAUAGUGUAGGUUUGUUGGAUUGGCCCAAGAGGUUCAUGAUAGCAUUGGGUACGGCUCAGGGAUUGGCGUAUCUUCACCAUGAUUGUGCUCCACCUAUCGUGCACCGGGAUGUGAAGAGCAACAAUAUUUUGUUGGACCAGGAUUUGAGGCCACGUGUGGCGGAUUUCGGCCUGGCUAAGUCAUUGCACCAUGGUCUUGGUGCUAUGUCCAGAGUUGCUGGCUCCAAUGGCUACAUUGCACCAGAGUACGGUUACACUCUAAGAGUGACAGAGAAGAGCGAUAUUUAUAGUUUUGGUGUGGUGCUAUUGGAAUUAAUAACCGGUAAAAGACCAAAUGACCCCUCCUUUGGUGAUAACAACGAUUUGGUGAAGUGGGUUUCAGGGAUUGUUAUAUCAUCUUUUGAAGAAGGAAGUAGUGAUGGUAUUAGAAACAUUGAUUUGGUCCAGCUUAUAGACCCGAAGUUGGAUCCAUUUUCAUGCGAUUGUGGAGAGAUUGAGAAGGUUUUGAUUGUAGCUCUUCUUUGUACCGUAGCAUCACCCAAUAAGAGACCCUCCAUGCGAAAAGUGGUUGAAUUGCUGCAGGAUAAGAAACUUGCUCGUCCGUGCAAAAUGAUGCAAAAUGAUUUUGAUGGAUAA